AUGUUGCUCUUGCAGCAAUUUUGUAAUUUGUUGCGCUCUCGAACAAUGGAAGAUAUCGAAAUGGAUUCAAUUGUUGAGAAAAAACUUAGCCAUAAGGAACAAGCAGAGAAAAAAUAUAAUGCUGAAGAAAUGGCAGAAUGGAAGAGAAAUAAAUGUCUUCGGAAUUAUCGGAGAAAAAUGAGAAAAGAACACGCCAAGGAGAUUGAGAGGCUGGAGGCGUUCGAUAUUGGGUUGCAUGGGAGGAUUCGACAUUUAGAAAAUCGUAAUCAAAUGCUAAUUAACGAAGGUCAACAGAAAAUGGCAACUGGAAAAGAAAAGUCAGCUGCAAAGAAAAAGGUUGUGGUAGCACCCAGUGGGACCAAAAGGUUGCUGGAUGGCGAUUGUGAGGCAUCAGGUUCGAAACGCUAUAGAGAGCAGUCGGAAAGUGAACUGGCAACGAAAUCCUUGGCAGAGUACGAGAAAGCCAAAGCGAAUCUUGAAACUCUGUUGAAAACGUGGGAGACAAAAUUGGCAAGGUGUACAUCAUCAGAGCUACCAGACCUCUCAAAGGAUGCUGGUGCCAUAAAGGAAGCUUUGAUGCUUGUAACGAGAAAGUCAGCAGACAGGAUCUUACAUGCUAAAGGAACAAUGCUUGGAGAAGAAGAAAGAGCUUUGAGGCAGAUAGAGGCUGAUUAUCAGAAAAGCUAUGCCAUGGUAAAAUACGACUUGGAAAAUAAACUUGCUAGGGUAGUUCUUCCAACAGACGUUAGCUCUUGGCUAUCUGAAAUAGAAUUGAAGCUACAAGCCCUUCAACUACCUUUGGCCAGCCGCGAUGUAGAUGAUGUCGUUGAAAUUAAAACAACUAGGCAUUGCCACAGCUACAAAAUCCGACAUUUUUGCUGA